AUGGCUGGAUGGCCAUGGACGCUGGCUGCCGCAGAAACUAUCGACGGACAAUCUCAGCAGGAUCUAGAGCAGGCUACCUCUCGAGGCGUGGAAGAAGAUACAAAGACCAUGAUCGAAUGCGGCAAACAUAUCAGUUCAUGCGGAGUAGUAGAUGAUAUGAAGAUUGUUCUUCGCCCUAAAACAACCGUAUACGUCACCCAGAACGUUACCACGACGGUCUCAACAUUCUUGCCACCCGAGACGAAUGUCAUCACCGAAGUAGUAGCAACAACCGUGAAGAAGGAUGUUCUGGGGCACUGCCGAAACACCACCACCAUCGACAUAGAGAAACCUGCCACAGUCACCGUCAACGUCGAAGUCGAGUACAUUAAGGAAGUAGUGUCAAUCGUCAACGUCACUUCCACCACAACAAGCACUGUAAUGGUCAAUUCGAUCGAACAGUGCUUCAUUAACAGUCUGCGUGGUGUAUCCAGACUCCCCGAUGAAGAGCUUUACACGACGACGGCUGUUGAAGCCAGACAGCAGCAUAGCAGUUCCUCGAUCGCGGUUGAAGAUGAACGUGAGGAAGAACGGCCAACUGAGACAGGACAAGUUAGACACGAACAUCACUAUGAGCAGGUUGCAGAAGAUGUCUCUCACGAUAAUGCUAGGUUCAUGUUUCAGGAAAGGGAUGCGCUGUGA